GAGGGCUGGUGGGCGAGGCUGGCGGCUGGAGCCAGCAUGGCGGCCGAGCGCAAGACCAAGUUGUCCAAGAACCUGCUGCGCAUGAAGUUCAUGCAAAGGGGACUGGACUCGGAAACCAAGAAACAACUAGAGGAAGAAGAAAAGAAGAUCAUCAGUGAGGAGCACUGGUACUUGGAUUUGCCAGAGCUUAAAGAAAAAGAGAGUGUCAUAAUAGAGGAGCAGAGCUUCUUGUUAUGUGAAGAUCUUCUGUAUGGAAGAAUGUCAUUCAGAGGAUUUAAUCCUGAAGUUGAGAAAUUGAUGCUUCAGAUGAAUGCUAAGAACAAAGCAGAAGAUGAAGAUGAAGAUGAGAUAGUAGAGCUUGAUGUGUCAGAUGAGGAAAUGGCUAGAAGAUAUGAGACCUUGGUGGGGACAAUUGGAAAAAAGUUUGCCAAGAAAAGAGAUCGUGCCAAUUACGAAGAAGAUGAAAAUGGAGACAUAAAACCAGUUAAAGCAAAGAAGAUGUUCUUAAAGCCCCAAGAUUAAAAAUGAUGCCUUAAAAUAUGUCUCGGGGUGGCCAUGAGAACAGCAGACUUUGGAGCCCAUCCCAGUGGCAUCUUUCAGCUAUUAAUACUUGAUAUUUAUUUGUAAAGAGAUGUGUAAUUUUAGAAAUAGACUGUGUUUGAAACAGAUGUGUAAUGGAUGUUAUACAUCCUUUUCCGAAUCAGGUUCAUCAGAAGCGGAAGUUGAGCCUGAAUCUUACAGAUGUUCAUAGGCACAGCAUUGCUUCCUAAAGAUUUUACCUCAGUUCUUUUUAUAUAGCUCUCCAGUGGCUGACCUUGAAUGGACUCCUAUAGAUUAAUGCCAGUGUUUAAAUUGCCUUUAAGAUUAUAUUUUACUUUAAAUUAUUAGUCAUAUAAUCAUGUCCAGCCGAUUCAUACAUUCAUUUUGGAGUCAAAUGUCAUAGGAAUUUAUUAUAUGUACAUUCAUCAAGAGCAAACAUGCCUCUCCAACGUGAAGUAUUUGCAUGCUACCAGGUCUAUCACUUUAUGGUAUUGUUUUUUGUUUAAGGCAUUUAAUUUUUUAAAAUGUUCUGUAAUAAAUAUCUGUUUCCACAUG